UCUAUGAUAUAAGAUUUUCAAAAUAUUAAUGUUUUAUGUUUCUAUUCUGUGAUAUACAACUCUGAACUGAUGUUAUUUUGUCAUGAUUUUAUAGUAGUUUAGUGCAGUAAGUGCUAAGUUGUCGCUAUUUUUUUUAUAGUAUUCACUUAUUACUUUUCUAAUUUCUAUGCACUACCUACUGCACGUCUGCACAAUAUAGAGCAAUGUUAUACUGACAAUGGCUUUAAUGGGUGAUCAGUUUGGCAUUGCCCAAAGGAAACCAGCGUAUGUGCGUUUUCAAAACAACACCUGCUAUAGCAUUGAAGUAAAUUGGAUGAAUUUUCACAAUAAAGAACAAACCUACUGUAUUUUAGAUCCAAACAAAUUUGUUGAUGUAAAUACAUUUUCUACACAUUCAUGGACUUUUAGAGAAUGUAUAUCAAAGAGUCAUAUGGUUGUUGCUGGAAGAGAAAUAUUCAUUGCAACACCUUGGGCUGAAGAACAUAAGCGUCUUGAAUUUAAACAUCCUAUCAAUGUACCAUUAAGAACAAGGGUUUUAAUUGAAAUGCCAGCUAUGGACUUACGACAACUAUGCCUGUUAAAAUUAGCUAGUAUAUUGAAAAAUAAAGAUGAUAUAAUCACAUUGGAAAUACCUACUACACUUCAAAAGGAAUUAAUAGAAAUGAUAACAAAUAAAGAAAAUAGUAAAAUUCAAUUGACUAACUAAUUACAUUUUAUACUUGUUACAUAUUAUUUUAUUAGAAAUAAAAUAUAUAUAAAUUAUUAAAUAAAAAUAAUAGUUUUUGUAUGAUAAAAUUAUAUGUUUAACAUGUGAGUUUAAAGCAUAUACGUUCAUUAUAAGUCUGUCGUUAUAA